GCGUGUCUGGGUCACAUGAGCCGCCCGGGCUCGGCCCCCCGCAGCCCCGGCCGCCCGUGUCCCCGCCGCCGCCACUGCCACCGCCUCGUCGGGCACCGCGCCGCCGCCUGCGCCCCGCGGCCCCGCCAUGGGGCGCCCCUCGCGCCUGCCCCCGCCCCCGGGCUAGGACGAUGCGGGAGCCCCGCGGGCACCAUGAGCCCCCUCCUGCUGGCCGCCCUGCUGCUGCUGCUGCCGCCGCUGCCCCCCGGAGCCCCGGCGCAGACUUCCAGCUCCCCCCCUGAGGGGCCCCAUCACCAAGAGAAAGUGGUUCCUUGGCUGGAGGUGUUCAGCCGAGCCUCCUGCCAGCCCAGGGAGGUGCUGGUGCCCUUGAGCCUGGAGUUCCCCGGGGAGGUCGCCCACCAGCUGGUCCCUAGCUGCGUGCCCCUGCAGCGCUGCGGAGGCUGCUGCUCUGACGAGGCUUUCGAAUGUGUGCCUACUGGCCAGCGCCACGUCCGGAUGCAGAUCCUGAUGAUCAGAUACCUGAGCAGUCACCUGGGGGAGAUGUCCUUCGUGGAGCACAGCCAGUGUGAAUGCAGACCCAAAAAGGACAUUUUGGUGAAACCAGUCAGUGUCAGCUCCAGGCCCCAGUGCCCCAGAUGUGCCCAGAGACGGCAGCGCCCCGAUCCUCGAACCUGCACCUGUCGCUGCAGACGCCGCAGCUUAUUGCGUUGCCAAGGGCGGGGCCUAGAGUUCAACCCAGACACCUGCAGGUGCAAGAAGCUGCGAAGGUGACACAACCCUUCCUGGAUUCUGAGGGGACAUCCCUUUUUGACCCCACCCUGGGAUGGGGGAGCCCCGUUGGGUCGACACACCAGUGGCUCCCGCUGGGGAAGAAGCAGCUGCUACACGGGAAGCCCAGACCCUUGGAGUGACCCUGAGCUGCUAUGCUUGAAGGGGAGGGGCGGGCAGGGGAGGCCACUGGUUUGGGGCAGAAGAGAAUGGACCCUUCUUUACUGAAUGUCCCCCCUCACCCAGAGAAACACCUCGUCCCUUAUUGCUCCCCAUCUUCCCCUGACGAUUGACAAUGGGAUGAACAAAGGUGGGAGGACCCAGAGCCUCCAAGAAUGUUCUUGGCUUUGGUACACGGACUGUGUGACCCCCCAAACCUCAUAAAAGUGAUGAAAAGA